UACACGAUUUAAUAGAUUUUACUUUGAAAGUCUGAAGUGGAAGUUCAGUUUCGACUCCGAUUGCCUGACGGCGGUGGGUAUCUAGACUGGCUGUGGGCAACCUCAGACAGGUGGAGGAGACGUCCUCAGGCAGCUGAACUGCACUGUGUUUGGGACUUGAGGACUGGGCUGGGCUGCAGGACGAGCAGCGGUGGACGCCGUGCGCGCACGGUGCGCGGACCCCCCUGCAGCUACUGGAUCCACACAGCAUGAUACCACAUCCAAAACAUGGUCUGUCUGAUUUUCCCAUCCUGAGCAUUCGCACACGCGCUGGACACUUAAAUGUGGACGCGAGGAGGACCAGGGAUGUAGUUGCGGUGGAUAAAUGAGGAGAGCACAUGGACUUCAGUUUUUCAACUAAGAUAUUUGAUUUAUAAUAUUCUUCUCCCUGCCUUGGAUAUGGAGAACCAAGCAGCCGAGCCGCAGAACUAUGAAGAUGUACAGAAAAGCGGUUAUCUCCGCAAGCAUAAAUCAAUGCACCGGCGAUUCUUCGUGCUGAGGGCGGCCUCGGAGCAUGGUCCUGCUCGACUUGAGUAUUAUGAGAACGAGAAGAAAUUCCGCAGUAAAUCACCUGUGCCCAAAAAAGUCCUGAACCUGGAGACUUGCUUCAACAUCAACAAGCGGGCAGAUUCCAAGAACAAGCACAUGAUAGUCCUUUAUACCCGCAGCGAGAGCUUUGCCAUUGCUGCAGACAGCGAGGAGGUCCAAAAUGAGUGGUACCAAGCGAUGCUGGACCUUCAGUGCAACUGUAAAAGCCCUGAAGAUUAUGGCAGUAGCGGAGAGUGUAGCUCUCCCUCUCCUGUUCCAACCUUCAAGGAAGUCUGGCAGGUUAAGGUUUGGCCUAAAGGUCUUGGACAUGCCCGGAAUUUAGUUGGCAUCUACCGGCUGUGCCUUACCGACAAAACAGUCAACUUUGUCAAACUGAACUCUGAUGUGGCCGCCGUGGUGUUGCAGCUGAUGAAUGUUCGCAGGUGUGGUCAUUCAGAGAAUUUUUUUUUCAUUGAAGUAGGACGCUCUGCAAUUACUGGCCCUGGAGAGUUCUGGAUGCAGGUGGAUGACUCUGUGGUGGCUCAGAACAUGCAUGAGACCCUGCUGGAGGCCAUGAAAGCCCUAAGCGAGGAGUUCCGUCAGCGCAGUAAAUCUCAGUCCGUGGGAACAUCGUGUGGCGGUGGUACUGCUUCAAAUCCAAUAAGUGUCCCAAGCCGGCGUCAUCACCCAAAUCUGCCACCCAGCCAGGUUGGCUUCUCCAGGCGAGCACGCACAGAGACCCCCGGGACAGGAGGCAGCAGCACAAGCACUUCACCUACAUCUCGCCAUGGAUUUCCAAGGGCGCGGACAGCCAGCAUUGGAGCCAGGUCUGAGGAGGGUGGAGCAAGUGCCAGAGGAACAUGGGCCAGCUCCAGCCCUAGUCUCAAUGGAUCUUGCUCAACAACACCGACACUGAGGCCCAAGCCCACCCGGGCCCCAACCCCAGCUAAGAUUACUCUCAGCCUUGCCCGUUACACACCAAAUCCUGCUCCUUCUCCUGCACCAAGUCUUUCGUCCAGCUCUGGUCAUGGCUCAGAGUGUGGCCUUGUGGGAGCAGCAGUGGGAGGCAUGACGAUCUGCUCCUACCCACGUGUUUCCCAAAGAGUCUCUGUUUCAGGUUCACCAAGUGACUAUGGGUCCUCAGAUGAGUAUGGUUCCAGUCCCGGUGAACACUCCUUGCUCAUACCCAGUCUGUCUGGACAUCAUGUACAUGCAGAGGGCCCCUCCAGCUAUAUAGUAAUGGGACAGCGAGAGGGUCUACUUGGUUCCCAUCAUCGCUCUAAAGGCAGACGAAUUCUGCGGCGCUCAUCCAGUCGGGAAUCUGAGGCAGAACGCAGGCUACUGAGUAAGAGGGCAUCCCUGCCUUUGGCAUCCCAUGAAAGACUUACUCCGCAUAGAAAAGAUGAAGAUGAUGAGGAUGAUGAAGAAUAUGCCAUCAUGUCCCAAAGUGCUAACAGAGGGAGAGCUGAUUUGCUCCAUGGCUCAGGGGGUCUGGCAGUUGGGGGUGGGCAGCUUGAUGCAGUAGGUGAGAAUAGGAAGAGGGCUGAAAAAAGCAGGGGAGAAGUGAACACUGGGGCAGCAGUGGAUAGUGGCUAUAUGUCGAUGUUGCCUGGAGUGACAUCUCCUCCUGUUUCACUCUCUCUUUCAAUAGGUAUGUCUGAGGCCAGUGCUAAAGCUGGGGCAGAUGACGAGUAUAUGGCCAUGACUCCCAACAACAGUGUUUCCCCCCCUCAGCACAUCCAUCAGCCCAGCUCAGAAGGCUACAUGGUCAUGUCACCUAAUAGCAACAGCUCCACUGACCUGCAUGGACUAGGAAUGUGGGAUGUGGGCAGGGCCAGCAUGGAGAGCAGGGCUGCCAGUGAUUACAUGAACAUCUCACCUGUCAGCAGCCGCUCUGCUUGCAGCACACCACCUUCCCAUCCUGAGCAGCAUCAACUCCAACCGAAAAUGUUCAACUCCUACUUCUCCCUACCACGCGCUUAUCAGCACACUCUUUACACUCGCUUUGAGGAAGACUUAAACAAAGGAGAAGGAAAAAAAGACAGUAGUGGGCAUGAUAGUGCUGGAAGGGGAGGAGCAGUGGGAUACAGCAAGAGAAACAAAAUUGCAGUGGGCCCUGCAGGAGGCUGCCAACUCUCCAUGUCUUCCUCUUCUUUCUCCUCUAGCUCAGCCAGCAGUGAAAGCCUUGAAGACAAGUCCAUAUCAGCAGGGAGAGGGUUAAGUUUAUUAAGAACUGGAGCAGAGUACAAGAGUACGGGAACAUGCACAAAAGAUGGGCGUCACCAUCAAAAACGUGCAUCGAGUAGUAAGAGUCCAAAGCAACAAAGGAGGGGUCGUCCCCUCAGCGUGUCUUCAGACAUUGCUAAAGCAAACACGCUGCCCAGGGUUAAGGAAAAUACGCCACCAUCAGUGUCUCAGAAUGUUGGUGAGUAUGUCAGCAUCGUUUUCAAGGAAGACAAUAAAUAUGAUCGACGAGGAUGUGCAGGGUCUGGACAACCUUUGAUCCAUGGAACACUCCGGCCCUUAAAUCAACCACUUCUCUGCCACGAUAAUCCUGCUAACCUUCCCCGCAGCUUCUCUGCACCAUUGUCCACCUCUGCUGAGUACGUCAGCAUGGAUUUAGGAAAAUCCUCAACACCCCUCACUCAUGUUAGAUCCACAUUCAGCACCUCACAGGGCCCACCAGCUGUUGCCCCCAAGGUCCGACAUGAGCAUGGCAUGUCCUCUCCACUAGCGGCAGAGGGCAACGUAGGGUACAGAACAAAAGUCAAGAUGGCAGCAGUGCCAACAGACGUCCCUACAUCAUUUAUUGACAACAAAGGUUCAGAUCCCAGCAUUUCAGCAAGACCUGCCAUCCACUCUGGUCAACCGUUAUCACUGGAGCAAGACAGAGGUUUGGGUUUUUCUCCAGUCAAGUCCUUCCAGUCUCCGGAGCACAGCCACAGACUCGUCCGAGGUGAACAGUCAGGACGCCCAAGCCACCACUCAGAGACAUUUAACUCACCGCCCUCUUUACCACGCCACGCAUCCACUUCUACCUCCCUCUUCCCAGAGGGCAGCCAGGCAGCGAGCCAUCGGCAUGGUUUGGACUGCUCACUGUGGGAGAAUGGACAGGCAGCUAGUUUGUCUGCCACACCUCCACCACAAGCCUCCACCUCAUCUGCUGAACAAGGCCUUAACUAUAUUGACCUUGACUUGGCCAUUAAGGAGAGCCCUCAAGCUGGAGUGGAGCGCCCAUCUCCUGCCUACAACAUUGGAGGAAGCGCUAUGGGAAGCAGUGCUGGCCCUAGCCUCAACACUUAUGCCAGUAUUGAUUUCUAUAAGUCAGAAGAAUUGAGAGCACACCAGAACAGUAGAAAAGAUGGUCACGACUGCUGAUGUCCAUUUUGGAUCUGAGCGGGACCCGGUGUGACAGCGACACACGCUCAGUCCGCGAGGGACGGAUGGUUGGUACGCCGGGUCUGUUGCCACAACAGAACUGUACACUGAAAAACUGAACAACUCUUCCCCAUCCCGUCUGCUGUUUUCUGUCAACCAAAUGUGUGCCAAACACACACUCAUAUACACGCACACACAUUCACACACACACUCUCACAAAGACAGCGUAAGGAAACGGUUUUGCUAUUUGAAUUGCCUUGUUUUGAACGUAAAUGACAUUUGAUCAUCAUUUAAGUCAAUAUAGAUGAAGGAUGAUGAUUUGGAAUGUGAGUGGGAUUUGACAGGUGGCCAUUAUGUUGGACAGCCUGGUCUUUUAUUUCACUUGAACCACAUUACCGCAGCUCUUCAAUAAGACUUUCAGGGAAAAGCACAAAUGGAGAAAAAAAAAAAAAAAAAAACAGCCAUUAGUGUAUCUUAAUUAGCAACAUAUUUGCAUGUGAUUGAGCCAGUCUGUUGACGCCUUGUAAAUCAAGGCUCAAAAUGGCAGCUGCUAUGUUAACAGAGUCUCAGCUGAAUUAGGUGAUUACCAGAUCCUGUUUUUGUAUCGCCAUUUAUGCGACAUCACCCUUUGUCCGUUAAAUGAUCAUCAGGUGUCAUUUGGACUCAAACUAAAAGGACACACGCAGCUCGGGAGUAGUUUCAUACAUGUGCGCACCCUGCCUCUGUAAACAUAUUUGAUCCAUUAUAUACAGUUGCCAAAAAAGCUUUUAUACCUGUUGAUGACUGCUCUGGUGCUACAGACGGACUUCAAAAUGUGCUUUAGGUUCUGACUGGGAAAAUGGUUAUGUGAAAGUCACACACAGUGAGUGUACAUUCAGUGUUUUCUUUGUUUCUUAUUGAAUUUUAUGGCAUUCGCAAAGAUAUAAGACAGCUGCAUUUUAUGAAAGUGAUUGAUGUGACAGAAACUGCAGAGAAGCAUUGCUGUAAUAAUCAGUGGAUGCAGCUUUGUGUGUGACGGCUAAAUUAACAAAACAUUCUCCUGCUAUGCAUGUAAACAGCCUAAUCAAAUUGGCAUCACACAGGCAGCAGUGAGAAUUAGAUUGUAUGUAUGUAAACCUUCUCUCUAAGAUGUGCUGAAGGGAGCUGAUAGCAGAAGUAAUAGAGAUGGAAUUUGAAUAUUAUAGUUCUGAAAACAUCUUAAACAGCUUGGGGACUGUAUGUAAAUUACUCGGUUGAACCGGGGGACAGAAUGGUAUAAAUAAAUGUUAAUAUAAAAAAUUGGAAAAACAUAGCAAAACACUGAAUAUCCAUUUUAGCGCAAUUUAGCUGUUCUUUAUGUUUGAACAAAACCAAGUAAAGGGUUGUUGCACUCGCAGCAGCUCACUGGCAUCUAAUGGACUCGAGCACGGCAAGCCCCCCCCCCCACCCCCGGACUCCACUUAAUAACAAUUUAUCAGUGGAGGCUGAAACAUGACUGUCAAAUCAAUUACAUGACGCCUGAGUUACACAGCCAAGCGUGCUGGACAGCUGUCCCGAAGAGCGCAUCAUUAAAUAUCCAAAUGAAAGCAAUUUUAUUAAAGAAACAUGCAAUGAAUCUGAGUAGAGGAGAAUCAUUGUUGUGGUUCUCCUGACCUUUUAAAAAACGGCCUCAUACUGCCCUGAAUAUUUUUUCACAAGGCCAUAGAAUCUAAAAGAGACAGUAUCAUAUUUUUCUUAGCGCUUUUAUUCGAUUACAACCAAACAAGGUCUCACAUUAAUGCAUUUUGAUCCAAUCUAUAGCAGAAAAUCAUUGAAAAGUGUAAAUAUUUUUUUGGCAACUGAUCUUUUCUACUCUAAGUGUACAUUAUACUAUAGUAUAUACUAUAGUAUACAAGUAGAAUGACAGAAACUAUAGUACAUACUGUAGCUAGUUUUAACCAUUUGCAUAACAGUUAACACAAUUCUACUAUAAAGUGACGCAUUACAAUGGUAUAUGAAAUAGACAUAUAAUGAUUAUAUAGCCUAGAUAUCUAUAUACUCUUUUAUAAAGUGCCUCAUUUUUGAUUGUAGCUGUUUUUACACAGGUAAUCUGAAAAUGGGUUGUGAGAGUGGGGAGGGGGGUUGGGGCGCAGAAAAAGUGUCCUGAGUCUGAAUUAACGUUGAUCUACAGAAGACGGAACGGAAACGUAUCAUUCAACCAUAAUCAAAUUGCCUUACUGUGUUUACCAUGAAUACAAUCUCAUUUUAUAUUUUUGUUGCAGUGCCUAACACUUCAGCCACAAAUGUAAGCACACACACCCUCACUCCUUUUGUUUGGCUUUGUCAAAAUGUGGUUUGGCCAAAAAAGAAAAAUGAAACCAAAAAACUUUUAAAAAAAAAUAUCAAAAAAAAGAAAAAAUAUAUAUAUAUAAAUACAGGAUACAUUUGUCUCCCUUUAGUACUUUUGCACCCUGGGACUCGUCCGCUUGUGGCCCCCCUGUUCAGUAGAUUUUAAUGUUGAAUCAUAUCUUAUUUUCCUACUGUACUUUCCAAGAAACUAAUACAAUUACAAUAAAUCCAAAUAUAUCUGGACAACUGAAAAAGGAAAAGCAAACACUGGAAUUCAUUUACUUUGGUUUUCAGGGCCACAAAACUAUUAUGAAAGGAACAGGAGAAGCCAAUAUUGUAACAGUAUUAACAUACUUGUGUACUGCUCUUAUUUUUUGAACGUGGACCCAGUUCCCAGAAGGUGUGAAUAGCGCUACUCUCCCAUUUACUCUCUACACUCGAUCUGAACUAUGAGACAGUGCCACUCCUGCUCAUUCAAUACAUUUAUAACUUUUUGCUGCUGUCAAACAAAUUGCCAAAAAAGAAAAAAAAAAUAUUCAAAGAUUAAAAUCAGUCCUAGAUCUGAUUUACUUUUUCACUUGACAGCCCUCGGGCUAAAAAAAGAAGAAAAAAAAAAAGUUGUUGAAACUAAAACAAAAGUCAACUUUUUCUAAAGAAGCAGUGUUGUUUUGAUUUUUGCGAUUUUCUUUUCUUGCAGUAGUGUGACUUUUAGUCCAUGACUGGUUGCGUACUGUAUCCAGAGCCGCUGAUGGUGAGUUUGGCCAUGUUGUGACAUUAGUGAUACUGUACUUUGAAUCAGGACGUUGUUGAUAGCAAAUGUGUCUGCUGUAUGUGGUGUUGCGAUGCUAAACACUCGAGGUGACCAAACUCUCUAAGUCCAGGGCUCUGAUUGUGUGUAUACAGGGUACAAACAAAGAAGGCUUUCUUGAUGUAUUUUUGACACCGGUAGCUUUUCCCACAUUUAGAUAGAUUUUUUUUUUCUCUGGGCUCAAGCUCACUUGAUAAUUGUGACCCAGGCUUUUAACUUUUAAUCAUAAAAAAACAAAUGUGUGUGUUUUAAUCCUAUUUGAAUUUUGCUCUGCUCAGCCCAGAGGUUCCUCGCUGACUGACCCAGCUCUUGAAAGGACACAAGUGCCUGGCUGUGAUCACUGGUGUCUGGUCAGUUAUCUUAAUGCGUUGACAGAAAUUCAAGUCUUCCACUUAUUUUGUUAGUGUUUCACUGGAGAUGUGGGCAGGCCGUGGCCAACAUAUCCUCUGCAAAGGACUAGUGCCAAAGCUUUACGUGUGAAUGGUGAUCUUUGAGGUUAGGUGCCUCUGUCACACUAAAUUUAAAAAAGUUUUUUUUUUUUUGUUUUUUUCAAAUUUCUCAAACUAUUAUGCCAUUGAUUGAGGUCAGCACAACAGUUUGUGCUCUAAGAACCUUAACGAAAUCCAUACAAAUACGUGGACCAUUUCCACUUUUUUGUCGCUCUUUUUGUCAAAGCAAUCUUUUAUAAUCUCUUUGUUAUUCCUUUAGUGGAAAUCUUCUUCUUGGGGAUUACAGAGAUUCUCUUGACUGUACCUCAUAAUCUCAAGUCCAGGCAGACGCAACAGUUGGCAGUAAAGCCCCUCGGCCAGUCUGAGAAUGGUUCAGGAGGAACACGUGAUACAAAGAAAAUCUGUGGAUUGGGACAUAUAAAAUUUUAUUCAUUGCUCAGUGAAAUGUUCUCAAAGUGUUUCCACCCUCAUGAAAUGCAACAGUUGGUCAUCAGAAUUGAUUCGGUCAGUUGAAACAGAGGCUUGUGUUGUCUCUUCAGAAUAUUUUGUAACAAUCGACUCUAAGUGUGGGAAAUGAUACUGUACGUACAAUCAGGAUAGCGGUUAUAAUUACAAUGGAAAGAGCAUUGUAUGUAUUUUAAAGCUAUUGAUACUACUUUGAUAAUGAUGUAAAAUAUAAAAAAGCUGAACAGGAACUAUAGGUAUGUAAAGUUAUACGUUGUAUAGAGGAGUUAGUUCCACGGGAGGGACGGGCAUGGGGUUCAUUCUGUUCAUGGCGAAAUUGUUAAAAACAGAAUAUUGAUGAUUCUUGUCUGUGAUGUAGACAACGUCAAUGUUUCUUUUUUUAUAUAUAUAUAAAAUGCAAAGUGAUAUGAAAAAGAGGG